CCGGUCGCUGGUAAAAUGACGUGCAGAACGUGUUCGCCAUAAUGAUAAUAAACCCUCAACACAAGGCUGCAAAAAAGCAAUUUAAGCUGAGGCUGUGAGUCAGUGAUCGAUGCAUUGAUAAGCAGUUAUCGGCUAUUUAAGUCUGGACUACUACAAGUGGAUGCGAGUCGUUGUGAAAUUGAGAAAAACGAGCAAGAACUGAGCGGAACAACAAGGCUGUGCUAUGGCAUCGGCAUCUGCCAGUGUGGACUCCAAGGCAGAGCUGACUUCUCUACUUGAACAAUGGGAGAGAGAGCAACAGGGCAGCACGCAGGAUCUGGUCAACAUCCUCACCAAAAUCUCAGAGCUUGUUGAGAAGGAGACAGAGGAGUACCACAAAGCAGAUCCUGACCCUUUUGAUGACCGACAUCCUGGGAGAGCUGAUCCAGAAUGCAUGUUAGGGCACCUCCUCAAGAUCCUGUUCAAGAAUGAUGACUUUAUGAACGCACUUGUGAACAGCUACGUGAUGACCAGCAGAGAAUUUUCCCUUAAUGCUGCAGCUUGUCGCCUGCUUCAAAACAUCAUGCCUGGAUUGGAGACAGCUGUGGUCUUUCAAGAAAAAGAGGGCAUAGUUGAAAGACUCUUUAAGUGGGCCCAGGAGGCCGAGCAGCCCCUCAGAAUCUAUGCCACAGGCUUGCUGGCAGGUGCCAUGGAGAAUCAAGACAUUGCAGCGAACUACAGAGAGGAGAACUCUGUUUUGGUGCCUUUGAUGCUGCAUCGGUUGCGGGAGCUUCAGAAUAAAGAUGCAGAGAACAAAAGGGAUAUCAAGCGGCCCAGCCCCAGGAAGACACUGGGCGAGCCUUUGUUUCCUCUGGAUGAGGAGACAGUUGACGGAGGCUUUGAAGAGAAGCCAUUCACACCAGGGAAAAAUGGAGCCGAAAAGGAGGGGACGGGACAGCCGGACGAUGGUGAAAUUUCUUUCUCAACUAUGGAGCCUGAAAACGAGCUUUCGUUCCGUCUUAACUCCCCUCACAAGACCAGCAGCCGUGCCAACUCGGCUGUGAAAACCAUGAUGAAACCCAUGUCUGCUCCGGGAUCUUUGGCAAACCAAGGCAUGUCUGAUGGCAGCAGUUACCUAAAAAGAAGAGCAGAGAGGGAAAGUGGCAGGACCUCAAAACAGAAGCUAAAUUUCUCUUUGCCAGAGCCAGAGAGGAACUUCAGUGAGCUUUCCAAUAGCAGCUGGUCUGAGAUGAGCCCCUGGGUGAUUGGUAACAACUAUCAUCUGUACCCUUUGACCCCAGAGAUUGAGCAGAGGCUAAUCCUGCAGUAUCUCACACCUCUGGGGGAAUAUCAGGAGCUGCUGGCAGUGUUCAUGCAGAAGGGAGCUCGGGAGUUGCUGAUGCAUUACAUGGAUUUAAAACAGACCAAUGAUGUGCAGCUCACCUUCGAGGCUCUGAAGUAUCUGGCUUCGCUGCUGUUGCACAAGAAGUUUGCUGCAGAGUUUGUUGCUCAUGGAGGAGUUCAGAAGUUGCUGGAAAUCCCCAGGCCUUCAAUGGCAGCUACUGGAGUGUCACUGUGCCUCUACUACCUUGCCUAUAACCAGGAUGCCAUGGAAAGGGUGUGCAUGUUGCCUCACUCCAUCCUGUCAGAUGUAGUCGGCUACACGCUGUGGCUGCUGGAAUGUUCACAUGCGUCCGGCUGUUGCCACGCCACCAUGUUCUUCUCCAUCUCCUUUUCCUUCCGUGCAGUCUUGGAUCUUUUCGACAGGCAAGACGGCCUCCGACGUCUCGUCAAUCUGAUUAGCACACUGGAGAUCCUGAAUCCCGAAGAUCAGGGAGCGCUGCUGAGUGAUGAUGAGAUUUUCUCCAGUAGGCAGACAGCCAAGCACACCUGCAUGGCGCUACGCAGGUACUUUGAGGCCCAUCUGGCAAUCAAGGUGGAGCAGGUGAAGCAAUCCCUUCAGCGCACAGAGGGCGGUGCCCCCAUUCACUCACAACCGUACUACAAGGCUGUCAGCUAUAGCCGUGAGCAGGUUGUGGAAAUGAUGGAGUUUCUGAUCGAGCACGGUCCACCGCGACUCUAUUGGGAACCAGCAGAGGUCUUUCACAAGCUGUCAUGUGUUCAGCUCCUCCUGCAGCUUAUAUCCAUUGCCUGUGACUGGAGGACCUACUAUGGCAGGAGUGACACUGUGCGCUAUGCCCUUGACAUCCUGAGUAUCCUCACAGUUGUUCCAAAGACCCAGCUGCUGUUAUCCGAGGCUGUUGCUGUGCUUGAUGAGGGAGGAUCCACCGUUUCCACUGUUGGGAUGAGUAUAGUUCUGGCAGUCGCGGAAGGAGAGGUAUUUGUGAAUGAUGCAGAAAUUCAGAAGUCAGCACUGCAGGUUGUCAUCAACUGCGUUUGCGCUCCAGAUAAACGCAUGUCCAGCAUUGGCAAGUUCAUUGCAGGAACCCCCCGUCGUCGCCUUCCACAGCAGACCAAAGCAAACGAAAGUGUGCUCACUAAGAUGUGGAAUGUAGUGCAGUCGAACAAUGGCAUCAAGGUUCUGCUAUCCCUGCUGACAGUGAAGAUGCCCAUUACAGAUGCAGAUCAGAUCCGAGCUCUGGCCUGUAAAGCUCUGGUGGGUCUGUCUCGCUCCAGCUCUGUCAGACAAAUCAUCAGCAAGCUGCCGUUGUUCAGCAGUGGACACAUCCAGCAGCUCAUGAAGGAGCCUGUGCUCCAGGACAAACGCAGUGAACAUGUGAAGUUCUGCAAGUUUGCUGCUGAGCUCAUCGAAAGAAUCUCUGGGAAACCGUUGCUGAUUGGUACAGAUGUGUCUCUGGCAUGGUUGCAAAGGGCCAGUGUGGUUGCUCAGUCCAGGAUCACCUUCCCUGAAAAAGAGCUGUUGCUGCUUAUUAGGAACCAUCUUGUGGCCAAAGGCCUGCAUGAUACUGCCACCACACUCACCAAGGAGGCAGAUCUCCCGAUGGCAUGUUUGUCUCACUCUUCGCAUUCUUCUUCUACCUACCCACCUGUUGCCCCUCCCCCUCCUGCCUCUCCUGUUGCUACUCUGCCUCGCACACCUCGGCUGGCCAACGGUGUUGGAUCAAGACUUGGAAGCCACGCCUCUCACUCAUCCACUCCAGGAUCCAGCCACCCUCAGACACGUCCAUCAACAUCACAGCCCAGUGGGAUGCCUGCUCCUGCUUCUCCUGCUUUCCCAUCAACAUCUGUCUCUCACUGUAACAGCGGCUCGCCACUUAUUGGGCGAAUUGUUUUCUCACGUGAGCGGCAAACAGGGUGCAGUACAGUAAGUUGUAAAAGACCUCGGGUGCUGCGGCAGAAGUCUGACCAUGGGGCCUUCAGCCAGAGCCCAGCUAUGAAGAAACAGUUUGACAGGCAUCUGCCGUCUCCCCCUGCAUUAGACAGCAUUAUUACAGAGUACCUGAGGGAACAGCAUGCACGCUGUAAAAACCCUGUCGCAACCUGUCCACCGUUUUCCCUGUUCACCCCCCAUCAGUGCCCUGAGCCCAAACAGAGACGCCAAGCACCCACCAACUUCACAUCCCGACACACGCGGAGAGUCAUAUAUCCAAAAUAUGGCGGUGUAGAUGGAGGAUGCUUUGACAGGCAUCUUAUCUUUAGCAGGUUUCGGCCCAUCUCUGUGUUCAGGGAGGCAGACGAGGAUGAAAGUGGAUUCAUGUGUUGUGCCUUUUCAGCCCGUGAGCGUUUCCUGAUGCUCGGAACGUGUACAGGGCAGCUCAAACUCUACAACGUGUUUACAGGCCAGGAGGAGGCCAGCUACAGCUGUCACACUUCAGCUAUCACUCACCUGGAGCCAUCACGGGAUGGUUCUCUGCUCUUAACGUCGGCCUCUUGGAGUUACCCGUUGUCUGCACUGUGGGGCAUGAAAUCGGUGUUCAUCAUGAAGCAUUCGUUUCUGGGCGACCAUUAUGUGGAGUUCAGCAAGCUUUCACAAGAUCAUGUCAUCGGGACAAAAGAGCACGUAGCACGUAUAUAUGAUAUCCAAACGGGUCAGGUUACUCUGACUCUAAACAACCCAGACCUGGCUAACAACUACAAGAGAAACUGCGCCACCUUCAACCCAACAGACGACCUGGUACUGAAUGACGGCGUGCUGUGGGAUGUGCGCACAGCUCAGGCCAUCCACAAGUUUGACAAGUUCAACAUGAACAUCAGCGGAGUGUUUCAUCCAAACGGCCUUGAGGUCAUCAUCAACACAGAAAUUUGGGAUCUGCGCACUUUCCACCUCCUCCACACGGUUCCCGCUCUGGACCAGUGCAGAAUAGUCUUCAACAACAGCGGCACUGUCAUCUAUGGAGCAAUGCUGCAAGCUGAUGAUGAAGAUGACAUGAUGGAAAUGCAGAUGAAAAGUCCAUUUGGUUCAUCAUUCCGGACUUUCAAUGCCACAGACUAUAAACCCAUUGCCACUAUUGAUGUAAAGAGGAAUAUAUUCGACCUUUGCACAGAUACAAAAGACUGCUAUCUAGCUGUAAUUGAGAACCAAGAGUCAGUCAACACUGACACAGUGUGCAGACUGUAUGAAGUUGGUCGGCAGAGACUAGCAGAGGAAGAGGAGGAAGACGAGGAGGAUCAGGAGGAUGACGAUCAGGAGGAAGAUGAUGACGACGAUGAUGAUUCAGACGACGAUGUCGAUACGGAUCCCCUCAUCGCCGAGCUGGAGAAUGAAAACGGCGGAGAGGAUGAAGAUGACGAAGAGGAGGAGGAUGGUAACGACGAAUUCUCUCCUUCUGAUGAAGAAGUAGCGCGUCUCCUCGAAGAGGAUGUUGAUGCUGCAGAUGACGACGACGAUGAUGACGAUGAUGAUGAGGAUGACGAUGAUAAUGACGAUGAUGACUCUGAUAAUGAUGAUGUCGAUCUGGAUGGCGAUAAUGACAGCUCUGACAACUCUGACCUUGAGGAUGACAUCAUCUUGUCCCUGAACGAAUGAGGAGCCAUCGGCAUCGGGGAUAAAGGAAGCAGAUGACCCGUCCACUUCUGCCCCGUGGACGUUUGAGCGGACACGAAAAGUGGACGAAUGGUGCAUAAUGUGGGUGAUAACUUGGAGCCCUGCCUGUUUGAAACGGCAGGUGUCUGCACACUUUGACAAGACUGAGGAGGAACGAGCUCACAGAGAUCGAGCGGGAAAAUCCAUGCGCACAACUUGGUUUAACGUUGGGCAUAAAUGAUUGUAUAUGAUAUAGUUUUAUUUAAAUAAGCUUGUAAAAUUAAAAAAAAAAUGGCUGGUGUGAAAAUAGGUUAAAAGAGAAGUUUUAUAUUUUAUCACAUUAAUGGUUCUUUAAAUGAGCCUUUUUCAUUUGAUAUUGACUGAUUUUCUAAGCCUCUGUUUGGUCACAGAUUAGUCUUUGUAGGAGAUGCAGCUUACUUUGCAAGGCUCUGGGUCUGCAUUUGUGUAGCUAAGGAUACAAGGCUCUCUCAAGCUUGUACUUAGCCAAGCCACCUGGAGUAAUCACCAAAAGUACUGGAGUAUUGAAUUGGGCAGCUAUUCUGAUGCACAAACAUGUUGCCACUGGUUCAGAAAGCAUUCAAAUACCACUUCAGGAUUUACUUUCACCAUACUCUGACCAAAAAAUCUACACACAGCAGUGCUAUUAGUGAAUGUUGCCUCUUGAUUUCAAUAUGUAAAUAGAGAAAAUUAAAUCAGCUUGGUGCUCUAACUAGUGUGGACACUGUACACCUGCUUGCUGUCAGCAUGACAGACAUUAAAGAGGCCUCUACAGCUUUCCACCAUUACACCCCUUCACCGGGUCCACACAAGUAUUUGGAUUCUGUGGGUGCUUCUUAAGAUAACAGGGUUUUGUUUUGUUUCAUGCUGGUGGUAACAUCACAGGUCCAAUCAUUCAUUGUCAUUAAAUGCCAUUUAUUGCAGUGACUUUGGCUCAUUAAAGGAUGGACAUCUGGCUAAUUCCUGGAACGUUCAGCAAAAAAAAAUUCAAAUUUGUCUUUUCUCUGAGAGAAAAACAGAAUCUAUUACAGCCUUGUGAAAACUGAUGCCAAGCACAUGCACACUUUCAGUGCAGUGCAGACAUUUCAUGAUUUUUGUUUUUUGCCUUGUAAUUAUUAAUUUGUACCUGUUUUCGUUUUCUUGAAAGUUUAUGUACAACUUGUAUGUAUCUAAAGUAUUUUUACUAUAAAUAAAAAAAUGAGGAAAAAAAAAUUGUUUCUUUAAUAAA